AUGAGGGUCCUUUUCCAUCUCCCAGUCCUUUUGGCUUCCCUGAGCUUGUUCCAGGUUGCAGAAUCUGACACAAAUGAGCAGGCCACCCGCACCUUCACCAUCUCUGAUGCUGUGAGUCAGGUCAAGAUCCAGGUCAACAAGGCCUUCCUGGAUUCCCGGACCAGGCUGAAGACGGCCAUGAGCUCUGAGGCGCCCACCACCCGACAGCUCUCCGAAUACCUCAAGCACGCCAAGGGCUGGACCCGCAUGGCCAUCCGCAACGGGCAGGUGUGGGAGGAGUCCUUAAAGAGACUGAGGCACAAAGCGACCCUGACCAAUGUCACAGACCCUAGCCUGGACUUGACUGCACUCUCUCAGGAGGUGGGCUGUGGCGUCCCAGUUCCUUUGGUGAAAUGUGAUGAGAACAGCCCUUACCGCACCAUCACGGGAGACUGUAAUAACAGGAGGAACCCCGCGCUGGGCGCGUCCAACAGGGCGCUGGCGCGCUGGCUGCCGGCGGAGUACGAGGACGGGCUCUCCCUGCCCUUCGGCUGGACGCCGAGGAAGACGCGGAACGGCUUCCCUCUCCCGCUGGCCCGCGAGGUAUCCAACAAGAUUGUAGGCUACCUAAAUGAAGAGGGUGCUCUGGACCAAAACAGGUCCCUGCUCUUCAUGCAGUGGGGUCAAAUUGUGGACCACGACCUGGAUUUUGCCCCCGACACGGAACUGGGGAGCAGCGAGUACUCCAAAGUGCAGUGUGAUGAACACUGUAUCCAGGGAGACAACUGUUUCCCCAUCAUGUUCCCGUGCAACGACCCCAAGGUGAAGACUCAAGGGAAAUGCAUGCCUUUCUUCCGAGCUGGGUUUGUCUGCCCCACUCCACCUUACCAGUCAUUGGCCCGAGAGCAGAUCAAUGCUCUGACCUCCUUCCUGGAUGCCAGUUUAGUGUACAGCCCUGAGCCCAGCCUGGCCGGCCGCCUCCGGGAUCUCAGCAGCCCACUGGGCCUCAUGGCCAUCAACCAGGAGGCCCAGGACCACGGGCUGGCCUACCCGCCCUUUGACAACAAGAAGCCGAGCCCCUGUGAGUUCAUCAACACCACUGCCUGUGUGCCCUGCUUCCUGACAGGAGAUCCACGAGCCUCGGAGCAGAUCCUGCUGGCCGUUUCCCACACCCUCCUUCUCCGAGAGCACAACCGGCUGGCCAGAGAACUAAAGAGACUCAACCCUCAUUGGGAUGGAGAGAAGCUCUACCAGGAAGCCCGGAAGAUCCUAGGAGCCUUCAUACAGAUUAUCACCUUUAGGGACUACCUACCUAUUGUGCUAGGUGAUGAGAUGCAAAAGUGGAUCCCUCCAUACCAAGGCUAUAACAAAUCUGUAGAUCCCCGAAUUUCCAAUGUCUUCACCUUCGCCUUCCGCUUUGGCCACUUGGAGGUCCCCUCCACUGUGUUCCGCCUGGAUGAGAAUUAUCAGCCAUGGGGUCUGGAAGCAGAGCUCCCCCUGCAUACCCUCUUCUUCAACACCUGGAGGAUAGUCAAAGAUGGUGGAAUUGACCCUCUGGUGCGGGGCCUGCUGGCCAAGAAGUCCAAAUCGAUGAAUCAGAAUAAAAUGAUGACGGGCGAGCUGCGCAACAAGCUUUUCCAACCCACUCACACGAUCCACGGCUUUGACCUGGCUGCCAUCAACAUACAGCGUUGCCGGGACCAUGGGAUGCCUGGGUACAACUCCUGGAGAGGCUUCUGUGGCCUCUCACAGCCCCAAACGCUGAAGGAGCUGCACGCCGUGCUGAAGAACAAGGUGCUGGCUGAGAAGUUACUGGUUCUCUACGGGACCCCUGCCAACAUUGACAUCUGGAUAGGGGCCAUCGCUGAGCCCCUGGUAGAAAGGGGCCAGGUGGGGCCUCUCCUGGCCUGCCUCCUGGGAAGGCAGUUCCAGCAGAUCCGUGAUGGAGACAGGUUCUGGUGGGAGAACCCUGGGGUCUUCACUGAGGAGCAGCGGAACUCUCUACAGAAAAUGUCCUUGUCACGCCUUGUCUGUGACAACACCCACAUCACCAAGGUCCCGCUGCACCCCUUCCAAGCCAACAGCUACCCCCACGGCUUUGUGGAUUGCUCAGCCAUCGAUAAGCUGGACCUCUCACCAUGGGCCUCCGAGGAGAAUUAG